AUGGUCAAUGGUGAUGGUUGGGUGAAAGAAGAGGCAGCAUCUGAUUUGAUUAGUGGUGGUGGCGGUACAGGGCUACAGCUGGUGCACGCUUUGUGUUUAAUAAUAAACGGUGAAAUGAAAAUCAUGAAAACGUGGAUAGACAAGAAAGAAAUUGAAAAUCUAAAAUGGUGGUCAAUAAAGACCGUGACCGACUAUCAAAGGGACGGUGAAAUCAACGGUUACAGUGAUGAUGACGGUGAUUUUGAUGGGACGUAA